AUGUCCAGUUCUGCAAAUGUUUGUGUGUUCCUGUUAUGGAUGAUUGUUCAUGAUAAUCAAUGUCUCAGAAUAAUACCAGAACGCACUGACAUCGUUUUUUACAACAAGACCUACGUUGAAGACACUCCCACAUUCAACGUGAGACGCAACGCUCGUAAAGGGGACUAUGUUGUUAAUUUAAAAUUCGAAACUAAGGUUAAGUUUGGAAACGAAGUGCUGGUGGAUAUUGUGUUCUAUCAAUUUCUUAACAACGAGUUCAAGAGAUCGUUUCCUGAGAUGCAUUACAAGUUAUGUGAUCUUAUAAACGAGGACCCUUAUAUUGGAGAUUCCAUAAGAGAAGCUGGUUUGAAAAGUUGUCCCAUCGUACCGGGAAAAUAUGCUUUGAUGAACAUUGGCUUCAAUCGCAUCAUACCUUCUGUGUGGCCGUUUGAAAAAGGUAUGGUAGAAUUCACCAUAAGCCUUACAGAUCCAAAGGCCAUUAUAGGUAAAGGCCAACUGGUUACUACUUUCAAGGAAGAACGCCCCAAGAAAAAACAUAACAAAUAAUAAUUAUUUAUUGUAUCUCUAUAAUGG